AAGAGAGGGAGAGAGAGUUUUUGUGGCGAAAAGUAAAAAACUUCGUCAGCUGAAUGCUUCCACGCCUCCCAUUUGCUCUCCGCGGAACUCUGUCUCUCCAUCUUCUCAAUACAGCUCUAUAAUAUCGCUGGAGCACCAGGUGCCGGCAGCAACUCUUCGAUUGGAGUGUCAUCGCUCUUCCGCCGGCAUGGCGCGAAUCCUCUCCCGCGUUUUGCCUCUCGCUUUCAACUCGUCCACUAACAACUGCGUUUCUUCUCGCUCUCUACCCCAUUCGGUUUCCGUUUCUUCUGCAUCUCGCUUUCUUAUAUCUGCCACUGAUUCUUUGAUUUUCGGCCGGGGAUAUCACGUGCUAUCUCGGGCGGAUCGAACAACUUCUUCGAGAGCAGUCAGAGCCGGAAGGAUUUUCGCUACCGACAGAGGGUACCGAAAAGUGAGGCACCGGUUGGGGAAGAAGAAGGAGAAGGAGUUGGAGCUCGAUGUUAAGAUUUGUAUCGAGGAAGAGUUGCCUGACGAUCCCGAGAUUCUGAAUAUUGCAGAAAUGCUCAGGCUAAAUGUUCCCAUGGCAAUGAAGUUAGCAUUUGAUGGUCUAAACGAUUCAGAGUAUAAAACAAGAGACAAUACUAUAGAUGACGUUGGUGGAUACGAAACUGUUGAGCUAUCUGUUCUUCUUUGCAAUGAUGAAUUCAUUCGAAAACUCAAUAAAGAUUGGAGGGAUGAGGACCAUGCUACAGACGUUCUCUCUAUGUCGCAACAUAUUCCUGAACUUAAGCUCCCAAUACUAAUGUUGGGUGAUAUAGUUAUUUCUGUUGAGACCGCAGCAAGACAAGCAGAGGAAAGAGGGAAUACGCUUCUUGAUGAGAUACGCAUCCUUGUGGUUCAUGGGUUGCUACAUCUUUUGGGACUUGAUCAUGAAGUCAGUGAUGAGGCUGAAGCAGAAAUGGAGAAGGAGGAGGAACUUCUUUUGAAAAGUCUUGGAUGGAAGGGGAAAGGGUUAGUUCAGAGUGCAUAUGCUCUUACUAAUAAUGAGGGUCAUCAAUUGGAAACUUCAGAUGGUGACCUUUCAAAAGACAGGAAGAGAGAAGGCAGUCUGCGAUUUUACAAGCCAAAAUUCAGCUAUAUCUUCUGUGACAUGGAUGGCACACUGCUGAACAGUAGAAGCCAAGUUUCUUCAACAACAGCAAAAGCACUAAAGGAGGCUGUGUCAAGGGGAGUAAAAGUAGUGAUUGCCACUGGAAAGGCUCGUCCUGCUGCUAUACAUGCUUUGAAGGCUGUUCAUUUAGCUGGAAAUGAUGGCAUUAUUUCAGAGUUUUCUCCUGGGGUCUUCUUGCAGGGAUUGCUAGUUUAUGGAAGACAAGGUCGGGAGAUUUUUAGAAGCAAUUUGGAUCCUAAUCUUUGUCGAGAGGCAUUUCUGUACUCCUGGGAGCAGAAGGUUCCUCUUAUUGCAUUUAGUCAAGAUCGAUGCUUGACACUAUUUGAUCAUCCUUUGGUCGAUAGUCUUCAUACUGUUUUUCAUGAACCAAAGGCAGAGGUCAUGCCUUCAGUUGAGCACCUUUUAGCUGCUGCCGAGAUACAGAAGUUACUCUUCCUUGACACUGCUGAGGGGGUGGCUAUGACUUUGCGGCCAUAUUGGUCAGAAGCAACAAAAGGGCGUGGCAAUGUUGUCCAAGCACUGCCAGAUAUGCUUGAAAUUGUCCCCCCUGGAACUUCAAAAGGAAGUGGAGUAAAACUACUCUUGGAUCACCUUGGGGUGACAACAAAAGAGGUAAUGGCUAUUGGUGAUGGGGAGAAUGAUGUUGAGAUGCUUGAGCUGGCUUCUCUAGGCGUUGCACUCAGUAAUGGAUCAGAGAAAGCAAAAUCGGUGGCUAAUGUCAUUGGUUGCAGCAAUGAUGAGGAUGGUGUUGCUGAUGCCAUCUAUCGAUAUGUAUUCUGAGAUAGCCAAAGUGCCCGAGACGUGCAAUAAGUUCUCUGUAUUAUUCAUUUCAAUCCUUUGGAAGGAUGAUUGUUUUUAUAAGCAUAAAGAGUAUACGGGAAUUGAAGAAAUUGGCUUUCGGGUCCAUUUUUGGGACAUGAUCCCAGCAUUGAUUUUUCAUCAACUGGACUGUCAUCUUUCUUGUUUAGUGAAUUGGACGCUUCUCUUGUAAUUAGAUUUGGGGUCAUCUGUGGUUAUCCCUUUUUUGUUCUAGCAGGUUGGUAUUGUGCCAGUUUCCUGGUGGCCGACUGGCUGAAUACAGC